AACUCUCUAACUCCCAGUGCACUACAUGAUGUUCUGAUGUAGAAAACUGAUAACAAAAAACAUAAAACCAUGAUGUUCCACUCCUUAGUCCACCUCACUAUAUCAUGCUUUAAUAUAUAUAUGAUCAAACAAUAAUUAACAUACAUUAAACACACGCACACUCACACAUUUCUAUACAUUCAUGGAAUUAUUGCACUCCCUCAGCAUCAAAUACCCUUCUGGUACACACUGAAUAUCCUCAUUUUUCUGCAUUCAAUGCCAUGGUCUUUGGCCCAAGAAUAUCAAGUGAAUUCUCUAAAUGUGUCCCAUUCUCUGACUCAUUUCUUCAUGGGGUGCCAUGCUGCCAUAUGACCUGUUUCUUGAGACCUGAUAUGGUAUUUCAGGUGGUAGCAUGGGGUACUGGUUAUGUUUCAAGCCACCCAGUGGUUGCCUCCACCAUGGUAAGCACAUAACACUUACCACUGCAGGUCUGUGGCAAGAUGGUAUAAUCAACCAUUUUGCCAUCGCCCUUCCCCCCAGAGUGAUUUCAUCCUCUUGGUUGUUUAAUUGCGGUGCAUGUUUCAUAGUCAUGAAUAACCUGUGCAAUAGUGUCCACAGUUAAGUACACACCUCAGUCUCUAGCCCACCUGUAUGUUGCAUCUCUUCCUUGAUGGCCUGAAGUCUGGUGGGCCCACCAAGCUAGAGAUAAUUCACCCUUGUGUUGGCAGUCUAAGUCUAUUUGUGCCACCUCAAUUCUGGCAAUUCAAUCUACCUGAUGGUUAUUUUGUUGUUGUUCAGUACCCUGACUCUUGGGCACAGAAGCAUGUACAUGAUCCUCCCUUACAUCCAUAUUCUAUGUUCAGGCAGCAGUGUCUUCCCACAGUUCAGCAGCCCAAAUAGGUUUACCACUUCAAUGCCAGUUGUCUUGUUCCUACUGCUAUGACCACCCCAUAAGGCAUUUGUCACCAUCCAUGAGUCAGCAUAAGGAUACAGAAUUGGCAGUCUCUCCCGUUCAGCAGCAUCUAAGGUCAUCUGGACAGCCUUUACCUCUGCAAAUUGGCUUGAUUCUCCUUUUCCUUUGGUGGCAUCUGCAACUUGUCAUGUGAGGCUCCACACAGCAGAUUUCCAUCUGCAAUGCUUCCUCACAACGUGACGUGAUCCAUCUGUGAGCAGGGCAGAUUUCCUUUUGUUUUCAGGUAAUUUACUGUAUGAUGGGGCCUCUUUAGCAUGCCAUGCUUCUUGUCCUAGUGGUGUUCCAAACUUUUUAUUACAGGCUAGUCCAUGAUGACUUCUAAGAUUUCCGGCUGAAUAAGGUUCCCCAUCUGGGCUCGCUGUGUAAUCAAUGCAAGCCAAUUAAUCCAAGUGGCAUCAGUGCCAUGAUGGGUGGGGGGAACCUUUCUUUUAAACACUGAGCACUGGCAGUCAAGCUGCUAAAAAGAGCUGGGUUUCCUUACUGUUUGAUUACUUUGGAAGCAGCUCAAACCCCCUCAUAGACAACUAAGAUCUCCUUUGCAGACGGAGUAAAAUACUCUUCAGACCCUCUAUAUGCUUGACUCCAGAAUCCAAGAGGUCAGCUUCAGGGAACUCCUGGGGCCUCUCUGCAGCAGAGAGCAUAAACAAAAAAUGUAUAACACACUCAGAUUCUCUGAGGCUGGAUCCAGGGCUCGGAUGUUCCCUCGGUUAUCAGCAAGCCCCUUCCAUUUCAACCUGACUUCUGCGUCUAUCUGUUAUGCCUCUCUCUUUCUGAUCCCCGAAAUGAUCUCCGGCAUACUGGCUUGAUAAAGAAUAAAGAACAAGGCUUCCGGGGGAAGAGAGGAAAAAGUGUUACAGAGCAGCACUGAUAAAAUGAGUAAAUAUUACCAAAAAAAAAAAAAAAAAAAAAAAAGGAAAAAGAGCCAACGGAGUACAAUUUUACCCAGACCACCCCAAUGGACAGGGACUCCAAGGGGAGGCCAAGGCAUCAGCUGCACCUCUAUGGAGCAAUGUGAAAACAGAUAGUGUUCUCCAUGGCAACGUGACAUGGUGAGAUUUCAGCCAAGACUUGCUUUGUCUGAUGGACAACAGGUUGAUCAUGAGCCAGCAGUGUGCUCUGUGGUCGGGAAGAUCAGCAGUAACCUGGGGUGCACUAAAAAAAGGGUGGCCAGCAGGUUGAGGGAGGUGAUUCCCUCUGUUCUGCCCUGGUGUGGCCACAUCUGGAGCACUGUGUGCGCGCCAGGCUCCUUGCUGUGUUGCCCAGCAAUGGCACAAGAGGCAACAGGCACACACUGGACCACAGGGAGUUACUCUGGAACAUGAGGAAGAAUUUCCCUGUGAGGGCGGCAGAGCACUGGAGGAAGCUGCCCGGAGGGGCUGCGGAGUCUCCUUCUCAGGAGAUCAUCAGCAUCUGCUUGGAUGCUUUCCUCAGCAAUCUAAUCUAGGGAAUCUGCUUUAGCAGACGGUUGGGCUGGAUGAUCUCGAGAAGUCAUUUCCAGCCUCUUCAGUUCUGUGAUUCUGUGAUGUUGCACCUAAGCACCUUUGUCUGUCCCGCCUUUUGCAGAUGGACCUGGGGUCUGCCCUGGUGGUAAUCUCAUUUCAUACUGUCUUUGACUCAGCUUGCAGCUGUAACUUCAGCCUGGCUAUGGUCAAGCAAAGAAUAGGCUUGUUACUGAGCAGGUUUCUUUUUUAAGUAGAACAGCAGCUUGUCUACAGAAGGUGUAGGCCAAGUUUUAGUGUCUUCUGACGCAGCGGAUGAAGGAUUUUCUGCUGGGCCCAAAUGCUGGGCAGAGCUGACCUAAGCAAGAGGUUUAAAAUGGCGCGCAAACAGUGACAGGGGAUGCAGGUGAUCCGUAGGGCAGAGAACAGAAAUAUUAAACAGAGCAAAUUUGGGAGGAGCCUCCUGGUCAUUUAUUUUCAAGAAAGAAGCAGGCUUCAUAGGGAUGCAGAGCACAGCAAUCCUGUGCUGUGAGAAGGAAGAUUGCUGAGUCUAGCAGACAAAACCUCACACAGGUGAGGUGCCUCCCAGCAGAAGCACAACAGCCUGGGCAGUCCAGCUGCUCUCAGGCCCACUUCCAAAGCGUUCUGGCUAAGCGGGCGCACACAUCUCUCCUGCUGAGGAGUUUGGUCUACGCCAUUUGAACCGGGGUCCAGAGCCAGCCCCGCCCGGGCGGGGCAGCGUGUCACAGUGGGGCCCUUUGUGACACGUCCCUGUGUCACCCAGGCAUAGCUGGCGCCGACACGGCAGCCCCGCAGUGUCCGUCAGGACAGCGAGGAGACAGGGCAGCAGUGUGCGGGUCUGGCGAGGAGCCCCCCGAGCGCAGCCCACGUCGUUUUCCUCAACCCCCGGCAGCCCCGCGGCUGCCCCCUCCCCACCCUCAGCUCUCAUCCAGCAGGAUGGAGAGGAAACCUCCUAAACGCCCCAGGGUAGCCUGGGAGGAGAGUGGGGCUCCCCGGGAGAGGAAACCUCCACCGGAGCCCUACGAAGUGACCGAGGUGGAGCCGCUGCGUGCUGAUGCUGACUGGCUGCCUGUGUACGCAGUGGAAAAGGAGGCUGUAGAUUGCAUCGAAGCCUAUGUCAAGAGGAAGGAAAAGGAUCUGGUGCAGAAGAUGCAGUUCCUGAACUGCAUUUGCCUACUCUGCAGCAGUGCCAUAAGGAAGGGCUUGACAGUCAGCCUGGACAUCUUCAGCUUCCUAAAUGAUCUGCCAGAGCACAUUGAGGUUCUGUUGUGCGAGGAGCCCAGGGAGCAGCUGACCACAGCACUGAGAUACCACUGCAUGAAUGCUAUUGCUGCCUUGAGCGAAGCGAUGGCACUUUCAGAGAGCGGAAUAUUACACCUCUUAAACGUGUGCUUCAAUGUCAUCUUCUACCUUCCUCCAACCAGGGUCUUGAACAUUUGCCUCUACAACCAUACCCUGAGUGCUAUGGACAACAUGCUACAGAUCGUGCUAGGCAGCCAUCCCACCUCCAGCGUCAAUAAGCAGCUGCAGAGCAUCUUUGAGUUGCUGCUGUCCUUCACCUACUCUGGGAUCAAAUAUGUGCGUGAGAGGGCCAUGGAGCGGAUCUGGAAGCUCUGCGGUUUCACAGCCAGCAGUUUCAGGCAGCAGCUGCUUGGAAAACUCCUGGACCCUCCUCAGACUACAGGCAUCGUCCUCAAGACCCUUGAAAAGACCACUGCUGACUGCAGCGCUGAGGACAAGGAGUAUGCCAGGAUUAUACUGGAUUUGGUUUUGAAAGACCCUGACACCUGGCUGACGGACGUGCCAGAGAUUCUGGGCUUCUGGAGAAAGAUGAAAAGGAACAGCACGUCAGUUCAGGCCAUCUUCCUCUCAGUGCUUGAUGUGCUGGCAGGCCGGUUUCCCAGGGAUGUGUUAACAAGCGUGUUGACCCAGCUACCACACACUGAUCAGAGCACUACCCUGGAGGUCUGGAAGAUGGUGCUUACCCUGCCGGAAUCUUCCGAGAGGAUCUUGGAUGAACUGUACAGCAUUCUCCAGGACAAAGAGCUGUGCAGGAUCGCCACAGCGGAGUCGGGCCUCCUCCGGCUGACUGUGCCAGAGAUUCUGGGGUCCAUCCAUAGAAGCCUGGAAAGAAACAGCAAAUCACUUCAAAAGACACUCUUCUCACUGCUUGAUGUUCUGACCAUCCAGUUUCCCAAGGAUGUGCUGAGGAGUGUGUUGACCGACCUUCCACAAACUGACAGCACUACCCUGGACAUGUGGAGCAGCGUGCUUCCCGUGCUGAAAACGUCAGAGCACAUCUUGGACGAACUGAGCAAUGUUCUCCAGGACCAGCGGUUGUGUGAGAUCUUUAAUGUCACCACAGCAGAGUUGGGCCUCCUUCGCUUGACUGUGAUGCAUCCCACAGAAGAGAACAUGCAGCAGCUGUGUCAGCCAGCACGCCUCCAGAGGCUUCUGAAGAUCGAAAGCCUGCCACUCCUCUGGCUGGUGCUCACAGGCCUUGUCCUGCUGUCCGAGAGACCUGAGACGGCAGGAGUGAUACGGGCCCUGCUUCCAGAAGUCAUGGAGACCCUGCGCUUUGCCAGCACGCCCAUUACUCUGAAGGUGCUCAAUAUCUUCAGAAAUGUAAUGCGCAAUCUGGGGAAGAGGCAGGCCAGUCCCAUUGCUCUGCAGCUGGCUGAGAAGAUUCUGCCUCUUUUUAAUCACGUGUCAAGUGAGGUGCGAGAAGGUUCCAUCAGCCUCUUCAAAGAUAUGAUGGAAGCUGUGGUGUGGUGUAAGAAGGGAAACAUGAAGAAGGCUGUGCGCAGGGGCCUGCUCCCUCUGCUCUUUCAGAUGAGCGACGAGACCCCGAGCGUAGCACAGGCAUCUGGGGAAGCCCUCGUGGCGUGUGCCAAGUUCCUGAAGUGGAAGGAGCUCAAGCACCAGGCCCGGGAGGAGAACACAGUGGGGAUCAGGAUGUGUUUGCUGCAGCAGGACAGGAGGAGAGUGGAAGGCUACCUGUGGCAGAGCCUGCCAUACCUGAAGGAUUCUCAGGCCUCCUUGCGAUGCGAGGCUGUCACAUUCCUUGGGCUGGCUGUGCAGCACUCCAGGGAACAAAGUGAGGAAAUGCUGAAUGAAAUCUGCAAUGCCCUUCAGCCUUUGGAAGAUGACGCCCAUCCGGCAGUCCGUUCCCUGGCAGCUGGGACAAUCCAGAUGCUGAGACAUGAAAGGCAGCAGGCGGCAUCAGCACGGAGCAGGCUCGCAGCGCUUUGCUGCUGGCCCUGCAUCGCCAUCUGAAAUGUGUCAAGUGAGGUGCGAGAAGGUUCCAUCCGCCUCUUCAAAGAAGUGAUGGAUGCUGUGGUGUGGCCUAAGAAGGCAAACAUGAAGAAGGCUGUGCGCAGGGGCCUGCUCCCUCUGCUCUUUCAGUUGAGCAGCGACAAAGAAUGAUUCUGCAAAGCUUCUUUGCUGACAUUUAGCUCUUAAAAUAACGACAUUAUUUUUAGUAUCCUACGUUAUUUUAUACAUUUUAUGUUUUGUUAGUUUUGUAUUAAAUUAUAUUUUUACAUUUAAAUAUUUUUGUAAUAAAAUAUAUUUUUAUAUUUAUA